AUGGGCAGAGAGAAUUGGUCUGUUAUGGGCCGCCUCAAGAGAGCAGUGAAGCAGAUAAACUCCCUACUUCGCUUCAACCUAACAAAAUGGCGCUUCUCUUGCUUCCUCAGAAGCCUUUCCACCCGGCGCCGGCCGACCUUGAGCUUUAACGAUCGCCUCGGUUUGCACGGCUGCAUUGUGGAUGAAGAAGAAGAAGAAGAAGAAGAAUCCAAUAAAAAAGGACCGGUUCGAGCGCUUCAUAGAACAACAAGCUAUGCUAGUGCGGAUGAUGAUGUUGACCAAAGGGCGGAGCUUUUCAUCUCUAAUUUCCGUCGACAGCUUUGGUUAGAACGCCAAGUUUCUUUGCAGCUAAGAUAUUGCCGAUCCAGGAGUUUGGAGUGA